AUGUACGGUGCUUGCGCAGGUGAUGCAGAUCUGAAUACUGUUCCUUCUGGUUGUUACUUAUCGGAUCUUUACCAGCAGCUGGAUGAACUUAUCAUUAAAAAUCCUGUAGAAAAGCUUCUGGUACAAGUAUGCGAUGAUUCAGUUGGAGUUGUUCCCAACGACAAAUCUGGGCUGGUUUUAAACGUCGAUGCCGAGCAAUUUUUUGAGCAGUUUUUAGGCACUUUGAUGAGUAAACGCCCUAUACGGUUGUCAUUCAGAAGGAUUCAGCGUACAGGGAUGUUAGAAAAAUACUUUGCUGCAUCUUCGCAUCCAGAAUAG